ACAUACAAAACAGUCAAAGGAGAGCUACUGCCCGACAGCAUGCCUAGUACACUAGCUACUGACAGGGGUUUUCUGACAGCUCGCCUAGUACAUUGCACUACUCAGACUUCGUUUUCGGGUUUCGUUUUCGUGUUGACUGUACACAGAUAAAACCUUCACACAGCAUAUGUACACAGGAAGGUAGCGGUGUGUGGUGAAUAACUGGCUGAAAUCUGUAGAUGUUUGUGUUAUCAUAGGUGUGUCAUCUCAGGCAUUUUACUUCGUUGGGUUUUAAAGCUGGGAUACCUACGUUUGAGGUUUACCUGUAACGAGGAAUACCUAUCGUGAUAGUCCAAGGCAGGACAAAGAAACUGAGAAGCCCAAAAGUAAAUCCAAAGUAGAGCGCCGCUCCAAACCAACAGGCAAGAUGGUGAUGUGUCGGGUCACCUUGCUUGAUGCUUCCACUCUGGAAAUUGAGCUAGAUAAAGGAGCUAACGCCCAGGUGUUAUUCGAUAAAGUCUGUUCACAACUCAAGCUUGAAGAAGUAGAAUAUUUUGGACUGACCUACAUAGACAAGGAUAUAAAGUAUUGGUUGACUGCAGACAAGAAAAUUGCUAAACAGUUGAAAGGAGGAUGUAGGUGGGUGUUCGAGUUUGCAGUUAAAUUUUAUCCUCCAGAACCAUCCCACUUGACAGAGGAUAUCACAAGAUACCAGCUAUGCCUACAGGUCAGGGUGGACUUAUAUAAUGGAAAAUUGCCAUGUUCCACGGUGACACAUGGCCUGCUCGGGUCCUACACAGUCCAGGCAGAGCUUGGUGACUAUGAUCCCGUCGAGUGUGCACCCGGCUACCUUGAGGAGUUUGACUUCGCACAGAAACAGACUAAAGAGCUUCUUAAAAAAAUACACGAACUCCAUAAAACACACAAGGGACAAUCACCGGAAGAGGCGGAAAUGAUGUUUCUAGAAAAUGCAAAGAAGUUAGCGAUGUAUGGUGUAGACCUUCACAAAGCUACGGAUUCAGAGAAAACAGAGAUUUCGUUAGGAGUGUGUUCCAGUGGUUUGAUGGUGUACAAGGACAAACUUAGGAUAAACAGAUUUGUGUGGCCCAAAAUUCUCAAGCUGUCAUACAAACGCAAUAACUUCUACGUCAAAAUUCGUCCAACUGAGCAAGAUUCAUUUGAAAACAUGAUAUGUUUUAAGUUAGCUAACCAUAAAAUGGCGAAGCGGUUAUGGAAGACAUGUGUUGAACACCACACAUUUUUCAGGUUAAAAGAAUCAGAACCUCCCAAGGGUGGAACUCUGUUCCCUCGCUUCAAUUCCAAGUUCAGAUAUUCUGGUCGUACACAGAAACAGUUAAAGGACAGAACAGAUCUGGUCGAGCGACCGAAGCCAGAGUUUGAAAGGACACACUUUAAGAACAAAUCUAUGCCAUAUCCAGAGAGUAAAACAGCGCAACUCGAUGAUAGUGAUGAUUACAGCAAGAAAAACUCUGACCAUCCUCUGGAUGAAAACGACAGAAUGGACAAGAAGUACGGAGAUAAUGAUCCCACUGCUAAUGCUGGACCUCCUCCUUACUCCUCGCGGGAGCUGGACGAGCAGGGUCAAAGAGCUCCAGGAGACCAGUCGCAUGCUGACCGCCCCAGCAGACCUCCAGGUGAUGAGUCGGAGGACAGACUUGACCAUGAAAAAGACAAGGCUGUUACUGUGAUGGCCCCUGAUGGUACUGCAGAUGUCGCAGAACUAGAUGCAGGUGUGGGUCUAACGAAUGUUGGCAGGAAGAGCAAGCGCUCCAAGGAGGAAAAGGAACGAGAGAAACGAGAAAAGGAAGAAGAAAAGAGACGGAAAAAGGAAGAGGAAAAGGAAAGAAAACGUCUAGAAAAAGAGAGAAAGAAGAAAGAAAAAGAAGGCAAUAAAUCAACGUCAGAAGAUAGAAGAGAUAAUUUAGUGAGUAUACGUAUAGAUUAGUUUCUGUUGCUUAUUGUUUUUGCAGAGCUGAAAUCGCGGCCUUGAUCACAAU